CUCUCUCAUCAUGAAGCUCUUAUCUUCUUCUUUUUCCUCAUCAUCUUCUUCAACCGCCUCUUUAAAUGUAAAUAUGUGCAAUUCAAAAAGUGCCACUGCAGGUUGUUUGGCCGGCAUUCUACGUAGAAUUCUCUGCUCCGGAACUCUCCCAACACACCCUUCUGAUCACAUCACAGAAGACGCUGAUUCUCUCAUGUCCUUGAACGUCGGAGAGAAAAAUCUGUCACUUGAAACUCCGGGGCUAGUUGCUAGGCUCAUGGGAUUGGAAUCAAUGCCGGAUGUGGAUUUCAGAUGUGUCAAGUCGAGGCCUAAUUCGGUCGCGAGAAGCCGGUCCAUGAAUUCGACGGAUAGAUUGGCGGGAUACAAUUGCGACGACCCGAAGCAGCAGCAACAGGGACGGCAUCGACGGGCAAAAUCUACAACGUCGUUUCGAGAGACACCGGAGUUUGUCGAGCUCGGAAACGAGGAGUUCUUCAUACUCAGCUUCGAGAAUGUGAGCAAAAGCAAGGAAUUCAGACCGAAAGAGAGGAAAUGCGAGGUGGGUUGUGGAGAAUUGAGGCAGAGAAGAAUUAAAAAGGCCGAAAACAGAACGGAGAAGACGGCGGCAAAGACAAUGAUAAAGAAGAAGGAUGACCAAGAAGGGAAAGGAAGUGUUUUAAGUGAUUUGAACGGAAAGGUAACUCAUAGAAGAAGCUGUUCUGACAAGUGUACUAACGAGGAUGGAAAUAACGUAAAGGUUAAGGAUUCAACAACUAGUUUAGUUUCCACCAAACAGAAUGUUGUUGCCUCAGAAGCAAUGAAGUCUCGGAAGUACAAAAAGAGUGAGAAAAUUUUGCCGUCUAAUGGUGUGAAGCCAAAUUUGAAUAAGAAGACAACGAAAAAGAAGACAAUUUCUCAAGCAGUUAAGCAAAAAGAAUGCGAGUGCACCACGGAAGAUUCAAGCCCAGUUUCUGUUCUUGACUGUGGUCAAUUCCUCAUUGAUCCUCAACAUUCUAUAUCAGAAGAAGAUUGUGGAUCAACGACAACAAGCUCAAGAAGGAAACUGUCGUUGGAGAUUGAGAAUUACGAGCGACAAUGUCCACGUAGAGACCAUAAUUUGAUGAGUGAAGGAGAACAAACAGAGGCAAAGCAAGGGAAAUAUGGGAAGAAACUGAGCGAUGGCCAAGAGAGUUCACAAGUUUUGGAUGAGAUUUAUCGGCUUAGUGAGGCUGAGUUGUUUGUGUCAUCAAAUUGGGUAAAAAGAUGGAAUUUGAAUCAUGACGAUUUUCAGUGCAUUGGUGAAGAGUUGGAGUUGCAAAUAUUUGGUCAGUUGCUAGAGGAGGUUGUGGAUCAUCAGUCGUGA